AUGGAAGAGACUGGAGGGGAGGGAAUUGCACAAGCCCAAAUAGUGAGCAAGCUUGGGUUGGAUUUCAGUUGCUGCAUCAAGACACGAAAGAGGAGUGAAUACAAUAGCGCAGUUUUCUUUGUUUCAGAGGAUUCUCCGGCAAUCGGAGGCAAAUGGAAUAUUAUCCCCGACGAGAAGGCGCCGACAUAUGAGCUGAGUAAAAUUUACUCCAUUGCUACUCUCGGAUCCAGGUUCAUAACUUCAUAUCACGGAAUUUGA